GUAACAAAUUUUCAUUUGGAUCGUCAUGAUGUAAUCCCUGGUGAAGGGUCUGCAACUUAUCUUCCCUGGAGACAAAUAAAUUCUCAGAAGGCAGCAUCAUUACCUUCAUCUCCCCAUCAGUUUAGGGGUCAGGGUUCUGAGAGGAGUGGGACUUCGAACUAUGGAGGAACUUCUGAAAUGGUUUCCACAUGGAACAAAGUUCUGGAAUCUUCCAAGUUCUUGGAGAAGCCCUUGUUACCUUUUGAGGAAUGGAACAUUGAUUUCUCUGAAUUGACUGUUGGAACUCGUGUUGGUAUUGGUUUCUUUGGAGAAGUUUUCCGUGGCAUUUGGAAAGGGACAGAUGUUGCAAUCAAAAUUUUUCUUGAACAAGAUUUGACUGCUGAAAAUAUGGAGGACUUCUGCAAUGAAAUAUCUAUCCUAAGCCGUCUUCGACACCCAAAUGUUAUUUUAUUUCUUGGGGCAUGCACAAAGCCUCCUCAUUUAUCAAUGAUAACUGAAUACAUGGAGUGGGGGUCCUUGUAUUACUUGAUCCACACGAGUGGCCAGAAAAAGAAAAUCAGCUGGCGAAGGAGACUGAAGAUGCUGCGUGAUAUUUGUCGAGGAUUGAUGUGCAUGCACCGGAUGAAAAUAGUUCAUCGGGAUCUGAAAAGUGCAAAUUGCCUCCUGAAUAAGCAUUGGCAAGUGAAGAUCUGCGACUUUGGGCUUUCUCGAAUAAUGACAGAAAUUCCCAUGAGAGAUUCGUCAUCUGCAGGGACUCCCGAAUGGAUGGCUCCUGAACUAAUACGCAAUGAACCAUUCACAGAGAAAUGUGACGUGUUCAGCCUUGGUGUGAUAAUGUGGGAAUUGUUCACUCUAAGUAGACCAUGGGAAGGUGUACCAGCAGUGCAGGUGGUUUAUGCAGUUGCUAAUGAGGGAUCAAGGUUAGAGAUUCCUGAAGGUCCACUGGGCAAGCUUAUUGCAGAUUGUUGGGCAGAGCCAGAUGAACGACCAUGCUGUGAGGAGAUCCUCUCCCGCUUGCUUGAUUGCGAGUACUCUCUCUGCUGAUUUGAUUUCUUUUUGUAUAGGAACCACAGGUGAGGGGUUUUAUUUGUCAGUUUAAAGUUGUAACUUAGUGAAUGCUAUAUUUAUUCAAAGAACAUUUCAUUUCUA